UCGACCUGCUGCAGAGACGGACGAGCUUUACACACCUGUUAGUCUUGCUGCCUUCAGGAGCGAUGAAUUGCAGCACAAAAGGUUUGACAGCACCUUUCUUAGCCUGCUGGUCACGUUUCUCCGCUUGGACAGCGAUGAGGACCCGCUCAGAUUUGAUGGAGACAGAUGGCUUCAACUCCCUUCCUGCAGGAGGAAGGGGGUUGAAGAAAAAGUUCAAAAAGUUAUUUGGAGUCAACAGAGCUCAACCCGGUCCAAACACCAUCACUGCGACUGAUGGAAACCUCUCACCCAGCGAUAAGGAGCCCCAAAACGUGAUACCCACAUUUGAGGACCUCCUUGAGGCAAACCAUUUGUCUGAGGCCAGCCAGCUGCUGAUAGAGAGAGAGGAGUGUCUGUUUGGGGAGAUAACAGAAGCAGAGGCACUUAAACAUCGGGAGAAGGAAGUGGACAGGCUUGAUGCAGACCGCAGAGCCCUGAAGGACCUCGUAGUGCAGAUUCUGAAACAGUCUCUCAGCACAGAGGUCAAUGUUGUGGCUCUAACAUAUGCCGUGACGGCCAUCUGCCAGGAGGAGGAGCAGGACAAGCAGUGGAAGCAGAGAGAUGGGACACCGCCGCCCUGGAGGCCCAGUGGCUGGAAGAAGCUCCACGAUUCAACGCUCUACAGCUUGGUGGAGGAGUGCAUGGACAACACCUCCUCCAGCCCCCCUGCAGACCUGGUGGAGAAGUCGUCUCUCCAGGUGGACAUCUGCAGCAUGGGCAGGCAGCUGAAGCAGGACCUGCUGUGGGUGGUGGAGGUGGUGAAGAGCAGCUACCCGCCGGAGCUGCACAUCUGUAAUUCCUACGCCAGGUGGUACCACCAAACCUUCAGCGCCAGACUCAAAAAGAUCGCAGAGUUUGGUCUAGAUGACAAGGACUGCACUUCCCUCCUGCUCUGGGUGAACGAGUAUUAUCCAGAAAUCCUUCGAAAGCCAGAGCUGGCCAGUGAGAUCGAUCACGAAGCGUUGGGAAAGCUGCUGCCUAAAAAGUUACUGAAACCUCUGGAGGAACAGUACCUGAGCAAACAACAGAGUGAGAUGGCGACUUGCAUCAACCGCGUCCUGGAGGAAGCAAAGCAAAAGUGGGAAGAUGGAGAGGAGCCGUCAAGAAAGGACGGCUGCUUCGUCAGUCCUGUGGCCUAUGACCUCAUUCCGCUCAUCAAUGGUAUUUUGACUACAACUGUAAAAGUUGUGGGAGACCAAAGCAAGGCCCAGGAUUUAAGUUACCAACUGAAAGAUUCAUUACAAAGGUUCAGGAUCUUCCAGGACAACAUCAUGAAGCAAAGCAAACCGAACAGCAAGCCGUUCAUCAAGGCGAUACUCAGCUGUGUUGAACAUUUCAGGGACUUCCUCGUUAAGAAGAGUGAUCUGUUCCCAGAGGAUGUUCGGGAAAGCUGUUUGUCUGUUCUGAUGGACAUGAAACAAUCUGCUCACAUGUAUUUACUAAGCCCUGUGCACGAGGUCCUCAAGCCACAGUACCGCAAGCUGGGAACCAGUGACUGGCUGAAUAAGUCAGUGUUUGAGAAUCUGCUGGUCAGCAUUGAACAACAGAUUCAGGAUCUUCAAGGUGCAGCUGAAUCGUGUCACAAGGAUCUGAUGGGCCAGCUUCAUCAGGAAGUGACAGCAGAAUAUGUGAAGAGGCUCCUGAGAGGGGAAGUCAAACUGAAGAACAAGGAGCGUCAGGAGAAAGCCUACAUGACUGUGAAAAACAAUGCGGAGAGUUUGCACAGUUUAUUCGUGAAAAUGGGAUCAAAGGAGGAGUGGUUGAAGGAAAUCUUGAACAAGAUUGCAGAAGUGCUGAAACUCCAAGACCUCCCUGCCAUACAGAUGCAAGUAGUAUUACUGGGAACUGAUUAUCCUGACCUCAGUGAAAAACACGUUUCGGCUCUGCUCAAGCUCAAGACUAACCUCACCAAGGCCGACAGGAGAAUCGUCAAAGCAAUUCUGUCAGACGCUUUGAAAGAAACCAACGUCGUCAGCGCUCGCCCUUUUUUCUCCAGAGUUCCCAUCAAAUGAGAUGUUCACUCCAGUGAUACAUUCUCCUCAUUUCAGUCGUUUAAAAGUUGAGUUGUCCAAUAUAAUGUAUCAUAAUGUUUGUUUUACAUUAGUAUGAUGAACACAUUGAUAUGUACAUGAUCACCGUGUCUGUACGAAGCAAAUGUCAUCUGCAUUGAAAGUCUAAUCUUGGAUUAAAUGUUACUUUUAUAAUGAACUUAAGCUGGAAAGAUUAUUGUGUAAUAUGAUAUAUAAUAAUAAUAUAAAAAGAGAGUCACUGUAUAAAUGUGUACGCUAGACUUCACAUUAGUGCUGGGAAACGUGGUGCUUCUCCUGUAUGUGUGCUUGUGAGUUUUGUUUUUUAGGGAAAUGAGAACCAGGUCAGUGUUCGUAUGUGUAAUAUUUUGAAGAUGUAUUUUUAUAUCAAAUCAGUGUUACUGUUUUUUUAAUUUAAUGUGCUGUAUAUUUUGACUUACCUGUACAAUAAAGGGAGACAUUGAACUUUAA